AUGGAAACAAUAUCAGGUUCCAUUCCCACGAAUCUUCCAAUUCUCACGACAAAGAACUAUGAUAAUUGGAAGAUACAAAUUCAAGUUAUUAUGAGAUAUCAAGGUGUAUGGAAUUUCAUUGAACAAAGCUAUGAGCACGUCGAAACAAGUGGGACAGAGGCACAAAAGGGUGCGAAUAGGGAGAAUGAGAAGAAAGAUUGCAAGGCUUUGUUCAUCUUGCAUCAAAGUGUGGAUGUAGCCAACUUUGAGAGGAUCUCGAAAGCUGAGACAUCAAAUGAGGCAUGGGAUAUUCUUGAGAAAGUGCAUGGUGGUGCAACCAAGACCAAGAAAGUAAAGCUUCAAACGUUACGGCGGCAAUACGAACUUUUGUCAAUGGAGAGUAAUAAGACUGUAGCUGAGUAUAUUACUCGUGUUCAAACAAUUGUGAACACAAUGAGAGUGGCGAUCGAGGAGUCAAAGAAUCUUGAGGAGUUGAGUCUUGAGGAGCUUCAAGGUUCUUUGGAGUCACAUGAACAAAGGAUGAUCGAAAGGUUAUGGAUUUACCUAAUCAAAAGAAAGAUUGAAGUCUUGGAAGAUUUUGAGAAGUUUAAGGUGCUGGUGGAACGCAAUAGUGGCCAAUUGAUCAAAGUUUUGAGAACUGAUGGAGGAGGUGAGUACAUGUCAAGAGAAUUCCAAAAUUUUUGCGAUCAAGAGGGUAUUGAGCAUGAAGUUAUCCCACCAUAUACACCUCAACAUAAUGGGACUGCAGAGAGGAAAAAUCGAACUAUAAUGGGUAAGGAGUAUGCCAAAAAUUAA